CAAGUACUUUUUGUAUUUUAAAAUGUGUCUAGUAACGUCUUAUUAUGUGUCUAUUUUUCAUUGGAGCGUACUCAUCCAAUAUAUUUUCGACUAGUCUGUCUUGGUUCAUUAGAAAAGGCCUAUAUGCAUAUCCGUUAGAGACAGAAUAGUAGUAUUGCGUGUACGCAUUCAGUGGAAACCAGAGUUAAAAGGUACAGAUAGAAGACGAUCUUUUAAAAAGAAAAAGAAAAUCAACAUGAAUAACAGUAAUAUAACGGAACUCAUUUAUGAAGGGGAAGAUGAAACUAGUUCAGACAUUGUAUUUUUUAUUUUUUGUUGUUUUGGAUUCGGAGCUUUAAUGCGACAAGUGAUGAAAUUUAUUCCUUUCCGAUUGGCUUAUACUGUGAUGCUACUGCUGCUGGGUAUUAUAUUUGGAGCUAUAGCUAAUCUUGUUCCUGCUUUAGACACCUACACCCUUGAAGAUACCAAUCCUCAUUUGAUAAUGCACAUCUUCUUGCCUGUUUUGAUUUUUGAAUCAGCGUUUGCCUUGGAUUUUCAUACAUUCAAGAAAACAUCUGCUCAGGUUUUAAUCUUGGCCGUCCCAGGUUUAGCAUUAUCCUCUGUAUUAAUUUGUGUUAUGGCUCAAUAUUUAUUUGAUUAUAACUGGAAUUGGAAUGUCGGAAUGAUGUUUGGUGCUUUAAUAAGUGCGACAGACCCAGUCGCUGUUGUAGCUAUAUUAAGAGAAGUCGGGGCUUCGAAAAAGUUAGCAAUAAUAAUCGAAGGGGAAUCAUUGUUGAAUGAUGGAACAGCCAUUGUUUUCUUUAAUAUAUUCCUUAUUUUAUCAACCACAACCGAAGCUCUAACAGGAGGAGAUAUCGUAUUGUAUUUUCUACGAGUGGCUAUUGGUGGACCAGCGUUUGGCUUAUUAAUGGCAUUAAUUACUGUUCUGUGUCUAUCUUAUGUAUUUAAUGAUGUCAUGGUGGAAAUAACUAUAACAUUAGCUUCUACGUAUGCUACAUUUUAUAUAGGAGAAAGGUUCUUAGGAGUAUCUGGAGUGUUAGCAGUAGUCGUUUUAGGUGUUGCUUUGGGUAGUAUGAAAACCAGUAUCAGUCCAGAGGUUGAAGCUUUCUUACACAGAUUUUGGGGUGCUCUAGCUUACUUGGCUAAUACUUUAAUCUUCAUACACGUGGGAGUGGUGAUUUCAAAGAAAGCCAUAUCUCUCGUACACGGAACAGACUGGUUUUAUAUGAUGUCCUUGUACUUUGGAUUAAACAUUAUAAGAGCUGCCGUGAAUCUGGUAUUCAGUCCUAUAUUAACAAGAAUAGGAUAUGGAAUGACUUGGCAAGAAGGUGUUGUUUUAACAUGGGGUGGCUUACGAGGUGCUGUUGGUUUGACUCUAGGACUGAUCGUCUUGGAGAACGAACGUUUAGAUUUAAAUGUUAGGGCUAAGAUAUUUAUUCAUAUUUCUGGUAUCGUGUUUUUAACUUUAUUGAUAAAUGCCACCACGAUACCCUUUUUACUGAAAUUAUUAGGCAUGAAUGAUAUUUCUACUGCUAAAAGAAUGGCAAUGGCCAGUGCUGUCAAACAUCUUCAGGAACUCAGACAAAAAACUCUGCAUAUGUUAAAAACAGACAGGUUUUUAGCCGAUUCGGAUUGGGAACUGGUUGAAAGAUCUUGUGAAAUAACAUCACCUUAUAAAGUGUCAAAAGAUGAGAUUGAAAUAAAUAAAAUGCAAAUACGCCCUAAGUCUGUAUGUCCCGAUUGCUGUGCCAGUUUACCUGUUCAACUAACACAAAAAGAGCUGGCCGACACUACAAACGAGGCAAUCCUUAGAUUAUUAAAAGCAGAAAAAUUAAGUUAUUGGAGACAGUUUGAACAAGGCAUGUUAUCCCGGGAAUCAGUUCGUACACUGCAAGGUUUUACUGAAGUAGCAUCCGAUAAAAAGGGAGCUUUCGUUAAUGUUGAAGAAAUUAAAUCAACAUGGGAAAUAUCUACAAUACUGAAAAAACUAACGAAUAUGGUGAAGAAGAUUAUUGAUAAUAAUAAUCCAAGCUGUUGUUCAUCUCAUCCGAUUUUAAAAACACUGUUUAUGAUAGUUUUAUCCAAACCAUUCUGGAUUUUUAUAUACGUCAUCCUCAGCCUCGAUAUGAUAAACUGUGCCUUAUCACUGGUCAGUGAAUUCGAUGAUAAAUGGCAUGAAUAUAGAAUUUAUUUUAGAUCCUUUAAUGCAACUUGUUUGGGCAUCUACAUUCUUGAAUUUUUCUUCAAGGUCCUAACGCAGAGAGCGGGGUAUUUUAAGAUCGUGUGGCAGAUAUUGUGUUUUAUUAUCAUCAUUCAUGGAAUUGUCGAUGUGAUUCUGGACUUUUCAUUCUUUAACCUACAACCAGUAAUUUGGGCGUUCUUAGCUCUCCGAUGCAUUCGGUUUUUACGAUAUUUUGAGAUUUUAAUACCACUUGUUUGGAAGUUACUGCAAUAUCAGAUGACAACAGGAAUAAGUAUAGGCUAUGACGUAGGUAGAGGUUAUGUAGCAGGAGAAGAAGACGUUCGUAAAUUAAUUGAUAGAAUGGUUGAUAAUGCAGAUAUAGCGUCACAUUUAAAGAGCACUAGUGAUAAAGGAAAACUUGAAGUUAUCAAAUGCUUAGCUAUGUUACAGAAAGACUAUCCUCAAGUUGCAUUAUCAGUCAAAACUAGACAGGCAGCUAGAAGUGUUCUUAAUUGUUUAAGAGAAGGAGUACAGAAAUUAUUAGAGGAUGGUGUAUUGGAAGAAUCGGAAACCGAAAAAUUACUUGAGAAAAUAGAAGAUAAUAUGAAACGUGUAUUAUCUCUACCAACAAGUAUUCCUGUGCCACCACCGGAUAAAAUGUUAACUAACGUUACAUGGAUUGGGGAAGAUCAAAACAUUGUUAACUUUAUAAAGGAUCGAGCCAAAUUGGUUAAUUUUGCAUAUGAUGAUGUUAUAUUUAAUGAAGGUGAUCCUUGUAACGGUAUAUACAUUAUUGUUUCUGGUUUAGUCAGGUUGACUUUGCAUGAAUCAGAAGAUAGAGAUAAAGUAAUAGAUAUUUUGUCUACAGGUAGUAUAAUAGGUGAAAUUAGUUUAUUAACACAUGAUGUUAGAAUGUCUACCGCUGUAUGCGAAACUGUGGUUCAGGCUAUGUUUAUAAGUGCAAGUGAUAUGGAAGAAGCAUUUAAGGAAUUUGAUGAUACUCAUCCAACUCUAGAAUAUAGACUAUGGAAAGUUUGUGCUACACGAUUAGCUGUUGGUAUUUUAAUGGAACAACCGCCAUAUCAGGGAUACAGUUGUGAAAAAAUCAAACUACGGCUGGAAUCAGCUUAUAUUUAUUCUGGUAGUGACUUUAGAAUAACCUCCAAAAUGGCAGAUGUGAUAUUAAUUCAAGGAGUAGCCCAGAAUUCAUUUACUAGAGAUAAAUAUAACGGACCAUGUUAUAUACCAUGGACUUGUUUACGGUUAAAUUUCCUAGUUGCCAAACCAAUCUUGCUAGUGAUACCAAGUGAAAGCACUGAUCGUAUAACCUAUAGCCCUACAUAUAGAAGAGAAUCAUAUGUGUCUGACCACAAUCACUCAACUGAUGACGAAGAUAGUACAAACUCACGACAAAAUCUACAAAUACAAAGGAAGAGAGUGACACUUGUAGCACCACACUAUUCCCAAAUUGAUGGUUUAACUGUCGACAGUAUUAGCAUGAAUGAUGGAUCAAUUGUGCAAGAUGAUACCAUAUUGGAGAUGAGUUCAUUAGAUGAAGAGGAUCUUGAUAACAAUACGGAUUCCCUACAUCAAUCUGAUUCUGAAGAAGUAACAACAACUCGGUUCUAGACAUAUAUAUAACAAUACAAUAGUACGUUUUUUUUCGACAAGGAACUGGGGCAUAAGAGCUACUUGUUGUUGUUCCUCUUUUUCUUCUUCUUCUUCUUGUGGCGACACUCUUCGAAAAAAGUCUAAGGCCAAAUCAGCUAUGAUCGACAUUCAACUUAUUCCUUGAACGGUUGCGCAACGAUUGACGGACCCGAUUUUUGAUAUCCAAGAUGGCGGCGAUGAUGCCAGGCUAGGUUCCUGGUGAUUAUACUGCUAUCAUAAUUGUUGUAAUUUUAAGCCUUGACAUGGAAAUAUAGUGAUAAAUUCGAUCGGUACAUACGUCAUACAACACUUUGAUAAAAGGAAAUAAUCACGGAUAAGUUACCGUUGAAAUGAUCCCUCCCCUUUACGCCAAAAGUGACAAAGCAUUAAAUAAUAUCCAAAGGUUGUGAACACUCUGGAUUAGAUGAAACUUUAAAUGUGUGUUAUGGAUCAAAAUAUCUUGGAUGAGUUCGAUUUUGGUGUGUAAUGGACCUUCCGUUCACGAGUUAUGAUCCUACCCCCUGUCUUUUACGCAAUUUGAGAAAUAUGUGCAAUAGGUUUGUGGACUUAAUAUGUUUAAGGGUCAACAUAUCUUAGAUGAGUUCCAUUUGGAUGCGCAUCGGGCCUUCCGUUCUGGUUCUAUGCCCCCCCCCCCCCACUCCCGGCUCUACCCCUGCCGUUUACGCAAAAUUUGACAUAUGUACAAAGUUUGUGGACCUCCGGAGGCCACGAAUUUUAUCAGAUUCAGAUGAAACUUAAAACAUAAAAUCGUUUCGGAAUUACAUCCCGUUUUCCAAAAACUCUGAUAAUUGGAUAAUUAUUUAUUUAUUUUUUUUCAAAAUUGGUUUGUAGCAGGACGUACCCUAUUGAUAACCAGCCUUUCGCGAACUUUAGUUCUAAAGUUACGUCGCCAGCCACACCCCUUAGCUUAAACCUUUGCGAAUACGAUAAAUGAAACUGAGUUUAAUGACCUACUGUUUUGUACCGACUGGGCUAAUGAAGACGGGUAAUACAUGAAAGACAAUGAAUUAUAUUACUCGUGUGUUGUAUUUGAUAUAUACUUAUUGUUUGGUGUUUCAAUUGUUGUCUUUUGUAAUAAUAAAUAAGCAAAUCUUCUA